GUUUUACAAAAGGAUAAUGUAGUGUUACGGUUGUAUUCACAGUUUGUCCCUAACUUACAGAAGGCUGUUUUUUAGUUUUUUAAUCGACCUCGUGUUUUUAUUCGUGUGAGAAAGUAAAGAGAAGAAGAGGAGAACUUAAGUCCCCAUUGUUCGAACUGGAUCGUCUAACGCUUCCCAGAUUUCCUGUUCCUGUGUGGAAGACUUACCGAGGGCCACCGGUGAGCCUGAAGUGGCGCAAAGCACACGGUCACGAACGCAGCCGCGUGGACUGAGGCUCGGGACUCUGCAGCUCUGUCUCACGCUCAUGGGGUUACCUUCCUCCGGCACCACUCAGCAGAGGGACGGUCACAGACUUGACCACCUUGUGUGACUCCUCGUGUUUCACCGAAGAUCUUUUUGGCUCUUUUUUUGUCAUCCUUUUUUUUCCCGCAAGCGAUUUUUUUCGGGAACGAAACUGGGAUUUUCCCUCAUAUUAUGCACAUCAAUGGAAACCAGUGGCUCAGUGGUUAGCACGGGAAAUGAGGAGCAGUCCUUUCAUGUCCGCUACAGGAUGGAGGUGUCCUGUCUGGAGCUGGCGUUGGAGGGCGAGCGGCUCUGUAAGGUCGGCGACUACAGAGCGGGCGUCUCCUUCUUUGAAGCGGCCAUCCAGGUGGGCACAGAGGACCUGCAGGUGCUCAGCGCCAUCUACAGCCAGCUCGGCAAUGCCUACUUCCACCUGCACGACUACGCCAAGGCCCUGGAGUUCCACCGGCAUGACCUCACCUUGACCAGGUCUAUUGGAGACCUGCUCGGAGAAGCCAAAGCCAGCGGGAACCUCGGCAACACGUUGAAGGUGCUGGGGCGGUUUGACGAGGCUGUGGUUUGCUGUCAGAGGCACUUGGAUAUAGCCAGAGACCUUAAUGACAAGGUGGGUCAGACGCGAGCUCUGUAUAACUUUGGGAACGUGUACCAUGCCAAAGGCAAGAGCAUCUGUUGGAGUGGAGCUGAGCCUGGAGAUUUCCCAGAGGAGGUCAUGAUGGCACUGAGGAGGGCGGCUGAGUACUACGAGGCAAACUUGGCGAUAGUGAAGGAGCUCCGAGAUCGCGCCGCUCAGGGUCGGACCUACGGCAACCUUGGCAACACGUACUACUUAUUGGGAAACUUUCGCAGAGCGGUAGCUUCUCACGAACAGCGCCUGCUCAUAGCCAAGGAGUUCGGCGACCGCUCGGCAGAGAGACGCGCUUGCUGCAACCUGGGGAACGCCUUCAUCUUUUUGGGGGAAUUUGAAGUGGCAGCUGAGCAUUACAAGAGGACGCUGCAGCUGGCGAGGCAGUUGAAGGACCGAGCCGUGGAGGCCCAGGCCUGCUACAGCCUGGGCAACACAUACACACUUCUGCAGGAUUAUGAGAGAGCCAUAGACUACCACCUCAAACACCUCAUCAUCGCCCAGGACCUCAACGACAGGAUUGGGGAGGGCCGUGCGUGCUGGAGUCUUGGCAAUGCGUACACUGCACUGGGGAACCACGACCAAGCCAUGCACUUUGCUGAGAAACACCUGGAGAUCUGCAAAGAGACUGGAGACAGGAGCGGAGAGCUGACGGCUCGUAUGAACGUAUCUGAUCUCCAGAUGGUUCUGGGUCUCAGUUACAGCACUAAUUGCUCCUCUAUCUCCGAGAACAAUGAUGUCGACUACAGCCUGCAUGGAGCGAGGCCCAGGAUGAGCAGAAGACGCAGCAUGGAGAACCUGGAGCUCAUGAAAAUAACUCCAGACAAGAUAAACGGUCAGAAGUGGAACGGCGACCUCCUGACCAAACAGUCCAAACCCUCCCUGGCGAAGGGCUCCUCCAAGCUGUUCUUUGUCAGCCGUCUACGUGGCAAGAAGUACAAGGCCGGUGGCUCCAGCAAGGUUCUCCAGGACACCAGCAACACCCUGGACACCAGCCAGACAGCCGCACAGGGCCCACAGAAGCGGCUCAGUCCGGACAUGCUUGGAGACGAGGGCUUCUUUGACCUGCUGAGCCGUUUCCAGAGCAACCGCAUGGAUGACCAACGCUGUUCAAUACAGGACACGGGCAGCCGGUCAUCGUUAAGCAGCGGCUCAGAAUCGCCACCCACGGCCGUCAGAAAAUCUGUAUCAGAGUCUGCCAACGUCUCUGGUGCCCACGGCCGGCGGCUAGAGGAGUCGUCGGCAGCGGCGGGGGGGAGCCUGCCCGGCCUCAGGCUCAAACAAAACAGCGACCGGGCCGUGCUCAGCCACCUGAUGGCCAACGCCGACAACACUGAGCCCGACGACAACUUCUUCGAUAUGCUCGUCAAGUGCCAGGGUUCCCGCUUGGAUGACCAACGCUGUGCCCCUCCCCCUCCACCAGUCCGAGGGCCAACUGUACCAGACGAGGACUUCUUCAGCCUCAUCAUGCGCUCUCAGGCCAAGCGGCUGGACGAGCAGCGGGUCAGUCUGCCGUCAGACGCCGCGGCCAGGCCCGGCUCCAGCUGAGCAAAGCACUAACGGGACAGGCUUUCUUUAUCACCUCGUGGAGGUGUGGACAGCGUGGUGACCGACCGGUGGGUGGUCACUCACAAGAAAGCCUUGUGUGUCUUUCCAUGUGUCCUUUUGGACAAAACAAAGCACUGUCAGCAUUAUAUGUAGUAUACAGUAAAACAGUAUGAAAACAUCUAUUGUGGACUCUAUCAGGGACAAAAGUGUUUUUUUUAUUUAUCCUUCCGUACUCAUUUCACUGUAUUUUUCAAUACAAGUGCCGUUAUGUUUGUAUUUAUUGUACUUUUUAAAUUAUUGUUAUGAUCUUUCCGCCCAACACGAUGAAGUAAUGUGGUUUUACUUACAGUGGUGUCUGAGUCAUGGUGGACACAGAGGUACAGCAGCACUCUUUCCAUGCGUUUUGUUUCUAUGGGAGGUUUUAGAGGGUGGGGUUUGAGGUCCGGCUAAGGAAAUGGUAUUUUGAGCAAACUAUUUGAUAGAAGAGUGAUAUUAACCAAUGUGUGGACAGCACUUAUGCUCUUUGUACUAAUAGAUUCAACGAUGCAGGAGGAAUAAAGCCUUUAGCUUUUGAAACUG